AUGGCCUCUGAACGAUAUUUCAAGUUCCUACUCUCAGACGAAUACGAUCCAGCCGGCGAUAGCCCGUAUAAGUUUCGCCAGAAUUACGACCAACUAGCAGAGCAUCGCGAUCUUCUGCGAAAUCAGUCCAACGCCAAAGAACAAACGCGUGCGGCAAAAAGGCAGGCAGAAGCAUCCGCCGCAGCCUCUGACAUGGAGGGAACACGAUUCAGCGUACUUCCUGACAACGAUAACGGUUCCACGAUCUCGCCUUCGACUAAGCAAAACUUCUCAGCCAGUCUUACCGUCGCCCAACUGAAAAGAGUCACUGUAGAUCAGCGUAAGGCAGAAGUAAUCAAGGUCAAGAGAGAUAUCCAGGCAUUGAAGAAAGAGAAGAAAGCGAAGAAGGACGCGGCAGCCGCAGAAGCAAAGGAGAAAAAGGUUCGAGAAGAAGCCAAGAAGGAGAAGAAGCAAGAGGAAGCAGAAAAGGAGGACCAAGACGCGGCAAGCGAGUUGGAUCUUGGGCAGGAUUGGGAGAAAGUCAACCGCGCUGGCAAGCGAUGA